CUCGCCGCGGGCAGGGAUGAGGCGGCCGCGGGCAGCGGCGCUCCCGGAGUUUGUUCGCUGCCCGUCCCCGUCUCCCUGAUGCUCUGAGCCGGAGUCUCCUCCUCUCCCCGGGCUCGCACCCGGGCUGGAUGCUCCGCUCCCUCCUCGCCUCCCCGCCACAGCCGCCGGCCGCCUCCCGCCGCCCCGCCAGAGAUGGAGCCGCCCGCUGCGCCCCUGGACACCACUCCGGACCCCGCCAUCGUGCAGCCCCCCGGGGCCAACCCGCCCGGUGCCCCCCGGGAGCAGCAGCAGGAGCAGCUGCGGAUCGGGGAGAGCGGGCAAUUCAGCGAGGGGCUGGAGGACAGAGGUUUACUAGAAAGCAGUACAAGGCUAAAACCUCAUGAAGCUCAGAGCUACAGAAAGAAGGCAUUGUGGGUUUCCUGGGUCUCCAUUAUUGUCACACUGGCUCUUGCAGUGGCUGCUUUCACUGUCUCCGUAAUGAGAUACAGUGCAUCAUCCUUUGGAUUUGCUUUUGAUGCCACCCUGGACGUUUUGUCAUCAGCGAUAGUUCUGUGGCGCUACAGCAACGCGGCCGCGGUGCACUCUGCACACAGGGAGUACAUGGCUUGUGUUAUCUUGGGUGUCAUAUUCCUGCUGUCAUCAAUAUGUAUUGUGAUCAAAGCCAUCCAUGAUCUUGCAAAGAGGGUGCUUCCAGAAGUGGAUGAUUUUCUGUAUAGUGUCUCUGUUCUAAGUGGAAUCCUUUGCACAGUCUUGGCAGUAAUCAAAUUUAUGCUGGGAAAGGUCCUUACAAGCAGAGCACUGAUAACUGAUGGUUUCAACUCUCUUGUAGGUGGAAUAAUGGGAUUUUCCAUCCUUCUUAGUGCAGAAGUGUUUAAACACAAUUCCUCUGUCUGGUUCCUGGAUGGCAGUAUAGGAGUGUUAAUUGGACUCACAAUAUCUGCCUAUGGAAUCAAGCUGCUCAUGGACAUGGUGCCCCGGGUGAGGCAGACGCGGCACUACGAGAUGUUCGAGUGAAGGUGCUGCCCUCUCCCUGCAAGGACUGUAAAGCCACAGCAAGUCCUGGCAAGUGGUGCCAAUGGUAUUUUCCUGCACAUGCAGUUUGUUCCCCCGUGGUCUGUUUCUGUUGAAGUUUGUUUGAAUGGGAAAUCUCUCUGUAAAUCUGGCAUAUUGUGCACACUGCUUGCGAUUCAGCCAAACCGCAGCGUUUUUUUUUAUUAUUAUUUCCUUAUUUAUUUCCAGUAUGCUAUUGAUUCCUGUGACAAUAGAAAACAUGCAGUUUGCAGCUUGAA